AUGAGAGAAAGAAUUGGCAAGCUUUUGGGAGAAGAUGUCGAGAAGAAGAUUGUCCUCGGCACCUUCCACUCCAUCUCAAGACGAUACCUCUCUGCCUACGGAAAACGCAUUGGCCUGGAUUCAAACUUCAGCAUUGCCGAUGAUGGCGAUUCGAAAGGGAUCAUCAAACGGAUCUGCGAAAGACUAAAGCUUACUGUCGAGCCCUCAUACGCAAAAUCGUGGAUCAGCAAACGGAAGGCCAAGGGAAACCAUUCAACGACGUCGCAGAAGGGCAAGAAGGCGGACCAUCCUGAUCUCCUCAAAUGCUACGAAGAGUACCAGGAACAUUUACAACGCUCAAACUUGCUUGACUACGAUGACUUGCUUGUGAGAUGCGUAGAGUUGCUGGAGAAGAAUGCCUCAUGCGUUUCCAAUGUUCAGUCAGUGUUGAUCGAUGAAUAUCAAGACACCAACGGCAUCCAAUAUGAGCUUAUGAAACUAUUCGCUCAGAAACAGGGCCGCAUCACCGUCGUCGGCGACCCCGAUCAGAGUAUCUAUGGUUGGCGAUCAGCCGAAGUUCGCAACCUGUACCGUUUACUCCGAGAAUUUCCCGGCACAGACGAGGUAUCACUCGAGGAGAACUACCGCUCGUCGCAGUCUAUCCUGGACAUCUCACUGAGAGUCAUUCAGGAGGACAAGAGGCGCUACCAGAAGGCCCUGACACCGGUGCAUGCUAAGGGUACGCGUCCAGUGUUGAGGAAACUCACAAGCUCCUCCAACGAAGGGGAGUGGAUAGUCUCGGAAAUCAAGCGCCUGAUACUCAUGUUAGGCGGAAUGCUCAAGCAUGAGGAUGUAGCCAUCCUCUUGCGCUCCGCUGCUCUGUCAAGGCACGUCGAGUCUGCGCUGGGCAAGGCUGGUAUAUCGUACAGAAUGAUCGGGGGUCAUAAGUUCUACGAAAGAAAAGAGAUCAAAGUGCUCAUCGAUUACCUCCGCGUCGUUUACCAGCCUGAGAACAAUGAUGCGGUAGCGCGCAUUAUCAACGUCCCACGCCGGGGAAUCGGGGAAGCUACCGUCAAAUCCCUGCUCGCGGAAGCUGAGUUGGAGAAAUUGAGUGUAUGGACUGUCAUAAUAAAGCACUGCAGAGGCGACCGAAAAGCGACUACCAACAUCCGAGCCAAGAUGGAGCAGAGGCUCAGCAGCGAACUGAUGCGUAUCAUUAAUGGCCUACAGCAGAAAGCUGCGGACAUCACCGCCAGCAGCUCAUUCAGUCUCGUGGAUCUGAUUGAACAGCUCAUCUCGCAGCUGAAUUACAAAAAGUACCUUGAAGACGAGUACGCCAACGAUCACGAAACCCGCUGGGCAAACGUACGGGAGUUUGUCAACCUUGUGUCCGACUAUUUGCGAGAUUCUACGAAUACUGAAGAUGAUGAGCUACCUGAGGUGGACGAGGUCGAGCAGUCCGAACAAGAUAGCAUGCUAGGCAAGUUCCUCGCUAAUGUUUCGCUGGCUUCCGACGCACAAAGAGGCAGCGGCAAGCAGGACCAGUCUUCCAUGAUCACCAUCUCGACUAUCCAUGCCGCCAAAGGCCUCGAGUGGCCCAUUGUUUUUGUGCCAUCUGUGUACACAGGUUCAAUGCCUCAUUCCCGCGCUGAAGAUAUUGACGAGGAGCGACGGUUGCUAUAUGUGGCAAUGACACGCGCACAAGCGUUGCUCUACCUCAGCUGUCCUUUGUACGGCCCACAAGGCUUCAGCAACAAAGUUGAGCUCUCUGACUUUGUCGCGCCCUUUGCCGAGGUGGCAUUUGCGUCAAAGGGCCCGUCAGUCGACGAACCUGUAAUACAAACGAUUGGCAAGAUCUUGGAUCGGGAUCCUCCCCAGUCCAAGGUCAUUUUCGAGAAGCUCCCGCCCAUGACCUCGGUCGAGGACGACAGGUUUCCCGAAAAUCCUUUCGACCCCAAGAAUUCGGACGAGAUAGGGGACGCACGCUUGCCGCGCGGAGUAAAGCGACAGCGCACGGACCUUUCAGAGAAUAGUAAAGCAUACGUUGAUGAACAUCAGUGGGACCGAGAGUACGCAACCACGAUGGAGCAAUCCUCAGCCUUCACAAUGUCUUCACUCCCCGGCUUUGUGUCGGUUAGCCAGCACCAACAUACGAUAGCGGCUGCGAACAAGGCAAAGGAGCAGGCGACUGCCCGCAAGGCCACCAUUACAAAGGGCACAAACCGCCGUCCGGCUGAUCAAAAAAGUCUCCUCAACUAUGUGAAUCAAGGUUCGAGACCACAGCAAGCUGCCCCGAGUGCAGCAGAUCGAUCUGCGUUCUCAUCCUACAGCCGCUAUCAAGCUGCAGCAUCCAAAUUCGCAGCUUGGACUGCUUCAGAGCCACUCAACACGAACUCGACGCUUCCGCAGCACAAGCUUCCCGUAGGCAAUCAACUUGCGAGACCGUCUGGCCGGCAGCCGGAUAACGAGAACCGGAAGCGUUAUGCUUGUUUCUCGAGCUCGCCCACGAAGCCAGCAUCUCCGGAAAAGGCCGAGCAAGAAGUGUCGCGGGACGAUCCGAAGCCGCUCGCCCGGCCAGCGACAAGCUUCCAUGCUACGACCUUUACGGCUGUGCGUUCGCUACCGCGGGGUGUACGACGGCCGGUGGGCAUGGGUCCGGCACCGAGCAUGGAUCGUCUUCGGAAGCCUUUCAAGCCCCUCACGAUUAAUAGACCUUCAGGGCCCGAGAGGCCAUAA